UACUUUUCAUUCCAUUCACGCUACACUAACUUUCAGAUUAUUUACUCGGAUCUCGAUGAAGAUUCUCUCGUUGGUUCUUGCGUUACUAGCACUUGCUGUGGUGGCAAGCCAUACUGUUCCCUCACCUGAGCAAUAUUGGAACAAUAAGCUGCCAAAUACUCCUAUGCCAAAGGUUGUCCAAGAAAUUCUACAUCCUGAGCCGUUGGGGGAGAAAAGUACCUCUGUGAAUGUUGGUGGCGGUGGUGUAAACCUCAAUACAGGAAAAGGGAAGCCAGGGGGUACUGUUGUGAACGUAGGGAAGGGCGGAGUGAAUGUGAACACCGGGAAAGGAAAGGAAGGGGGUGGCACCCAUGUGAACGUUGGCGGCAAAGGAGUUGGAGUGAACACUGGGAAAGGAAAGCCAGCAGAUGGCACUCAUGUCAACGUCGGAGGUAAAGGCGGAGGAGUAUCUGUAUCCACCGGUCACAAGGGAAAGCCAGUAAACGUUAAUGUUUCACCGUUUUUAUACAAUUAUGCAGCCACUGAGAAUCAAAUCCAUGAUGACCCGAAUGUGGCACUUUUCUUUUUGGAAAAGGAUAUGCACCCCGGGGAAACAAUGACCCUUCAUUUCACCGAAACUACAGAGAAAUCAACUUUCUUACCUUACCAAAUAUCCCAAUCAAUACCAUUUUCAUCUAACAAGUUGCCAGAAAUUCUCACCAAAUUUUCAGUAAAGCCUGGAACAGAAAAGGCAGAGACGAUGAAGAACACGAUAAAGGAGUGCGAAGAGCCAUCGAUUCGAGGAGAAGACAAAUAUUGUGCAACCUCACUUAAAUCAAUGAUCGACUUUAGCACUUCCAAGCUAGGCAAAAUUGAUAAGGCGGUCUCUACGGAGGUGGAAAAGCAAACCCCAAAGCAGAAGUACACAGUAGCAGCUGGAGUAGCGAGGAUGGGAGGCGAGAAAACUGUAGUGUGCCACAAGCAGAAUUAUGCAUAUGCCGUCUUCUAUUGCCAUAAAUCAGAAACAACAAGGGCUUACAUGGUUCCUUUGAAGGGUGCUGACGGGACAAAAGCCAAAGCAGUAGCAGUCUGCCACACAGAUACAUCGGCAUGGAACCCAAAGCAUUUGGCUUUUCAAGUCCUUAAGGUUGAGCCAGGAACCGUUCCUAUCUGCCAUUUCCUUCCUCAGGAUCACAUUGUUUGGGUCCCUAAGUAAUAUCCUGACCCUUCAGUUUCAUUGAUCUACUAAGUACAGAGUGCAUUAAAAUAGCUUAAAGCAAUAUCCAGUUUGUUGUAUAAUAAUAAUACCUCAAACCCGCGAGUUUAGUCAUGCAGAAUCUAUCCA